AUGGAACUGCCAUCAUUCUUGUCACAACAACCACCACCAGGUUAUAUACCUGGUAUAGGUCGUGGUGCAACAGGGUUUUCUACCAGAGGGGAUAAGAAAGGACCAGCCAAAGUACCCAAGAGAUUGCAAAAUCAGGAUACAGUAAAAGCAGUAGACGGUGAUUCUAAGGAGCAGGAUGAAGAUUCAGAGGCUGAUAAAGUUUUUUCAGAUUUAGACUCAAAAUUAUCUUCAAGAAAUAGGUCCAAAAAACGUGAAGGGGACCAGCAAUCUAUACCGCAUCAGUUUGCAGAUUUGAAGAGAUCGUUGGCUACAGUCAGUGAGGACCAGUGGUUAAAUAUACCUGAUGCUGGAGAUUAUACAAGAAAACGCAGAAGGGAAAGGUUAGAUGAACAAUUGAAUAGAAAGACUUAUGCGGCUCCGGACACCUUACUCAUGCCACAUGUUAACCUUUCUAAGCUAACUGAAGAAAGAGAAAAGAUGCUUAGUAGGCAGUUGGACUCUAAUAUCUUUGAAAAAGAAGAUUCCAAUUCUGUGAAUGAAGCCCAAAAGUAUCUAAACGACUUGGAGACAUUUGAAGCAGGUCCAAGAGGAGAUGAGGAAGAUGUCAAAAAGAUGAGGACUAUUUUACAAUCCUAUAGAAAUGCUGAUCCUAAAAAACCUGAAGGUUGGGUUGCCGCAGCAAGAUUGGAAGAGAAAGCUCGAAAAUUAAAGACGGCUAGAAAUAUUAUUGAACAGGGGUGUUUGGAAUGCCCUAGAAACGAAGAUGUUUGGUUGGAAAAUAUCAGAUUGAAUAGUGCAGAUACACAACGUUGUAAAACAUUAGCCGCCCAAGGUAUAAAAUUUAAUCCACAAUCUUUGCAGCUAUGGAUCAAAGCCGUUGACUUGGAAAGGGAAGUUUUAAAUAAGCAUAGAGUGGUUAGAAGUUCCCUCCAAGAACUACCACUGUCUGAAGAGUUAUGGAAACUGGCUGUCAAAUACAGCGCUGACAAAUUCGAAGCUCAAAGGAUUUUACAAAAAGCAGUAGAACUGAUACCGACUAGCAUUGAACUUUGUAGUGCAUUAGUUCAUUUACAAAAUUACCAAGAGGCAAAACACACUUUAAAUGCUGCAAGAAAAGCCAUGCCCCGUGAAUUGAAAGUGUGGAUUUUAGCCGCCGAGGUGGAGGAAAGUAAAGGUGAAGCAGUUACUGAUGAAAGAAUUUUGAAACUGUUAAGUAAAGGGAUUAAACAGUUAAAAGAGAAUGGAUUGGAGAUUACAUUAUUGCAACUUUUAAAAGAAGCACAAUCACUUGUAAAAGAAGGCGGUUUAAGAACCGCUCAUGCAUUGACACAAGCGGCACUGUCCGAAUUUCAAGAUGAAUAUGAAGCGUCUCGUGUGGUGUCAGAACUAUCUGAUUCGAUUGUAAAGGUAGUGGGAUUCAAGAUUUUGCUCAAAUCGAAUCCAACUAAAUACAGCUUCUGGCAGUCGUUGAAGAAGCUUUGUGAGAAGCUGAAUAAAAUGGACGAAUUGUAUAAUACUUUUGAAACACUUCUAUUUGACGAAAGUGAGAAUUUUAGGAUUUUGAAACAGAAUCCUCUGUUGUCUCUGAUGUAUUCCAAAGAAAUUUGGAAAAACGGUCAUGAUAUCCCUAAAUCACUUGAAAUACUCGAUAGAGCACAAAAUAUCCUGCCUAAUUCAUUAGAAGUAUGGCUUGCAAAGUUGAAAUUCUUAUGUCUUACCGACCAAGUUGAACUCGCCCAGAAGAGCUUUGCAAUGGCAAUGGAAAGAUUGAGAGAUAGUCAAGUGCCACAUUUGGAGAAAUUGUAUUACAAAUAUAUCAGUUUCUUAAGGUUUCGUCGACAAAAUACUGCCGCUAUUAAAAUGCUCAAUGAAACUUGUAUACCCAAAUUUCCGAAUUGCCCAAAAUUUUAUCUUCAACUGGGUCAAAUUCAUUAUGAUCUGGGUCAAACCGAGGAAUCACAAAUGGCUUUUGAGAGGGGGACCAAAAUGUUGCCUCAGGGCAUUCCUCUGUGGAUCUCUCUCGCUAGGAUUGAAGAGAUUGAUCUUAAACGGCCCGCUAAAGCUCGUUCCAUUUUUGACCUUGCCCUCUUAAAGAAUCCCGCUAAUGAAACGCUGUCAUUGGCAAGAGCUCAGAUGGAGGCCAGAUUAGGCAAUUAUGAUCAGGCAAGGUUCAUCAUUCAACAAUCCUUGCAGAAACAUUCGAAGAGUGCAACAUUAUGGGCUGAAAAUAUUCGCAUCCUACCAUUAAAGAGAGCCAACGUCAAGAAAACCGUGUUUCAGGAUGCACUGAAAAAUACAAACAAUAGCUGCGAAAUUUUGGUGGAAAUCGGCAUAUCCUUCUACAAAGAAUUACAGCAUGAGACCGCUAUUAAAUGGUUUGAAAGAGCUACUAGAUCGAACCCAUCGUAUGGUGAUUCCUGGGUUUGGGUCGCCAGAUGCUACAAGAAAUUGAACCGGAACAUCCAAGAAAUAGUCAAUCAGGUAGAAAUUCAUGAACCAACGCAUGGUAAUCUAUGGAUAAGUGUCUCUAAGAAGCCAGAUACCCAGUACUAUAGCUGCUCGAAGAUUCUCUUGACACUUUUGGAGUCAGAGAAUGUGGUGUAA